GAAGCGCCCCAGGAUGUCGACGCAGAACUCAGCGCAAUCUUAGACGGGGUCUCUACACACCACGUGACCCCCGCGACUGAUCGACUUGUCGCGUAUGCCAACAGGUCUGCGAAUGAGAGGGAUGGGCGUAGUCUCAUUCGUGUGGCCAAUGUGAUAGUCGAGAAGGCGAUGGACGACAUGGGAAGAUCCGAACUCUAUGCCCAGCUCUGCCAUGGCAUCUCCGAGCGCAUUGACCCCGGCAUUCGCGCCUCGGGUGUCAAGGCUGCCAACGGAAAGCGCUGCGCUGGCGGCCAGCUCUUCCGGAAGUUUCUCCUCAAUCGCUGCCAGGACGAAUUUGAGCGCGGCGUUGACGAGGAUAACACUUCCUUCGCCGAAAUAGCGACGCGUCGACAACGAUACCUCGGACUCGUGAAAUUUCUUGGGGAGCUCUUCAAAGUCAAGCUGCUUACGGAGCGCAUCAUUCAGCAGACGAUCCAGACAUUCCUCGGCAACAUCGAGUCCCCUCGUGACUUCCACAUCGAUGGUCUCCACACAAUCCUGACCACGGUUGGGCACCUCCUUGACACCGAAGAGGGGCGCGAGCACUUGGACGUUUACUUCCAGCACAUCAAGGAGCUCUCGGAGAGUAACGCCGUAAGCCCCCGCCUCCGGUUGAUGCUGCAGUCCUUGAUCGAAUUGAGACGAGAGCAGUGGUAUGACAAG